CCACCGCGAAGUUGCUACCGUGACACUAUUUCAGCUGCUUUCCGACUAUGCGAAAGUCGCAAAAUUUUUGAAGAUUUUAAAUAAGUUUAGUAAGACGCCUAUGAAACUUGUACAUUCAUUGAUUCAUUGGAAUUGUAUACCAGUGUAUGCCGUGUAUACUUAUCAAACAUGGCGAAGUAUUUAGGGUUAGAUAAGGUUGCUAAUUUGUGGAAAUCAAUUAAAACGAAUGGUGGCAUUCGUAAUUCCUUGUAUACCUUAUACAGAGUAGAUGAGUUGAAAUAUGGUGACCUGGUAGGUGAAGAUAAAUUUGGGAAUAAAUAUUAUGAAAAUAAUUCAUAUUUCUUUAGUUCAAAUAGAUGGGUAAUAUAUUCUGAAAGAUAUGGUAUGGAUUAUGAUGGUUCCCAAGUCCCAGCUGAAUGGUUUGGCUGGUUACAUUACAAAACAGAUUUGCCUCCUCAUAGAGACCCAAAUCGGCCAAAAUAUAAGUGGAUGGCAGAGCAUAAACCAAACAUGAGUGGCACUAAUGCAGCUUACAUGCCUUAUAGUACCACACCACCAAAAAUUGAACCAUGGAAACCACCACAGUAAUAUAUUACUGAUUGUAAUUCUUUCCAUAGAAUUUCUUAGAAUGGAUAUAUAAUAGGAGUAAAGAUGUAUGUAAAUGUAAAUAAAAUACUUAAAUGAAAGAUA